AUGGCGGACAAUACUCUCACACUAAACUGGUCCGCCCAACUAGCCGUGACUGCUCCCCAGCACGCGCCCCGCCUACCAGGCGAUAAGAUCACUCUACCACAGUCCGCACUGGAACAGCUCCUCGCCGCCGCACCGCUUCAACCCGUCUCGACUGCGCCGAACAACGCUCGCGUGCACACGUCUACCUUUGACCCGUUCAACCCACAUACGUUCGCCGCCGAGUCGCGAGCGCGCCAGCAGAUCGAAGAGCGCCAGCAACAACUGCCCCACCCGUUGACAUUCCGUAUCGUGAACCCGCAGAAUAAUCGGUUCGUGUACGCGGGGAUUCGCGAGUUCUCGGCCGCCGAGAAUGAGGUCGCUCUGAGUGCUAUUUUGCGCGAGUCGCUUGGGAUAUCGGACGAUCAGCUCGAGAGCGCUGUUCAGGGACAUGUCAAUUCCAAUGGUGAUAAUGCGCAGGACGUGUCAAUGGAAGGAGACGGGGACGACGUGGAGGGACAACCAGCACGAGCACGAGCCGAACCGGCUGUCGUCACCGUACAUGCGAAGCAAUUGCCAAAGGGCACGUAUGUACGACUACGCCCGCUCGAGGCCGGAUAUGACCCUGAGGACUGGAAAGCACUGCUCGAGCGACACUUGCGAGAUAACUUUACGACGUUGACGACGGGUGAAAUCUUGACUGUACCUGGGACACGCAACGAGUCCUUCCGGUUCUUGCUGGACAAGGUGUUCCCCGAAGGUGACGGAAUUUGCGUUGUGGACACCGAUCUGGAGGUGGAUAUUGUGGCGCUGUCUGAAGAACAGGCCCGAGAGACACUCAAAAAGCGGCUGGAACGGACAGCGCGAGCUCCCGGCACGACGAGUGGCAGCUCGGUAGGGGGUGAGCUGGGUAUUGGAGAGGAGGUGGCUGCUCAAGUGCUAGCUGGCGAAUAUGUGGAUUACGAGCUUCGCGAGUGGAACCGGGAGGAUGAGCUUGAGAUUGAGCUUACGACGGAUGAACCGAAUGUCUUUCUUUUCGCAAGUCCUCUUGGUUCGCGUCAACAAGGUCGGCCUCGGACAGAUAUGCAUGUUUGGGGAGACUUUUCCUCGCAGUCUCCGAAGAGGUUUAAGAUUCGGCCAACGAACGUCGCUCUCGAGGGGGCGGAAGCUAUCUACAUCUCUGCAUAUGCCAGUGCCCCUGACUCUAACGUCGAGUCCUCAACAUCAGCACAAAGGCAACUGCCUCUCAAGUAUAAUCUACGGAUAACAUCAAAUGCUGUGGACACCGCAGAUGAGACGGUAGAUAAUGGAGCCACCGAGGAGCCUCAUGCACCAGGCGAUGUGCAGUGCAAGAAUUGUCAACAAUGGGUCCCAGAGCGAACACUCGUCCUCCACGAGAACUUUUGUCUACGAAAUAAUAUACUCUGCCCGCAAUGUGGCAAUGUCUUCCAAAAACGCUCCGCCGAAUGGGAAAACCACUGGCACUGCCCACACGACUCCUUGCACGGCAACGACGCCGCAAGCAAACAAAGUCACGACUCAAUAUAUCACAAACCAUACACCUGCCCAGACUGUCCAGCUCAAGUCGAAGGCCUCCCCAACCUCGCACAGCACCGAACAACCGAGUGCCCCGGAAAACUAAUCCUCUGCCAAUUCUGCCAUCUCCUCGUGCCCCAAAAAGGCGACUCCGAUCCCGACCUCCACGAUCCGGAAGUAAUGCUCUCAGGCCUAACACCCCACGAACUAGUCGACGGCGGUCGAACAACAGAAUGCCACCUCUGCAGCAAAAUCAUCCGCCUCCGAGACAUGAACACCCACCUCCGGCACCACGAUCUAGAACGCGUAUCCCGACCACCACCACGUAUCUGUCUAAACCAGAACUGCGGCCGCACACUCACCAGCACGGGAAACAAAUCCCUCGGUCUAUGCAAUAUCUGCUUCGGACCUCUAUACGUCGACACAUACGAUCCAGAAGGCAAAGCGCUCCGCCGCCGAAUCGAACGCCGCUACCUCUCGCAAUUAAUGACGGGCUGCGGGAAACCCUGGUGUCAGAACGGAUUCUGCAAGACCGGCAAGCAGAAGACGACAACUGGGACCGUGGCAGCGAUGAGCGUGGCCGAUAUCACGAAAGUGAUACGCCCGCUCGUCGAGCCCGUUAUUGUCAACCCGGACGUGGCUAAUACCGCGCCUUUCUUUUUCUGUACGGAUGAGACAGGCCAGCAUCGUCGGAAUUUGGCGGAGAUGAUUGCUGCCGAGGGCGUGGCUGGGGUGGGGAAAGCGUAUGAGUUGGCGUGGUGUGUGGCUGGCGCAGAGGCUGCUGGUGGCGAUUUGGAGAAGACCAGAGAAUGGCUGGGCAAAUGGGCGCCAGCUAGGGGGGAGACUGCGACUUGA